CGCCGAAUGCCAUGAGGUCGUCCUUUGCGCAAUCUUAGGUUGUCUCACCAUCCAGAUUGAGCGUUAGGCUUGCGGGGAGUUGAACGGAGCUUGGCUAUUCGAGCUUACGUUCGUGACAGUCAGGAAACGUUGUUUGCAACGGCUUUUAGUCGCCCUUCCUGCUUGGAGUCCUGUUUUACUCCCCAUCAGCCAAGGCUUUAGUCGCACACCUUGGAUUGAAUAUAAGGCUUUGCAGGAAUAUUGUCACCAGCAAGCAAUAUAUCAUGUAAAUUCCAUGGCGCCUGGUAGCCGAAUACUGCAAACUUUGGUGUCGACGAAAGGCCUUUCCCUAUAAUCUAAACCUACCUUGGUUACAUGGCCCAAUCCUUUGGUUUCAUAACUUUGUUGUUCCGGGAACUAAAAAGCACCAACGAGAAGCCCCGGCUGGCUGCACGACGUGCCAUGCUCGAAUGGAGCGCCUGCCUCCAGCUAUUCGCUUACGCGUUGGCAACGCUUAUUGUGGCAAUGCCUUCACCAGCUUGGGCUCAGUCAUGCCCGACGUACUUACCCGCCUGCGCCUCCUUCGCCCAGACUACCAGCUCCAUCCUCUGCACCAAGUUUUGCAAUUCCUUUAAUCUCACAGCUGAGCAGCUGGCGCGCUACAAUCCAGACAUCAAUUGCCAGAAGCGCAUUCCAGCAGGCUGCACCGUCUGCCUAAGCCUUGCGGAAAGCCCACCCCCGCCCCAGUCGCCCCCACCUUCGGACCCUUCCGUUCCCCCUCCUCGCCCAGUGCGCCCCAGCCGCUACCGCCCCCCGCCUCCCGGCCUGCCUGGGGAACCCGACGUCCCCAGCCCCCCGCCUCCCUACCGCCGUAGUCCUCCUCCGGGCUUCCCGAGGCCCCCACCCCCGAGGCCCCCGCCUCCAGGGGUGCCCAGCUCUCCAGAGCCGCCGGCGCCUCCUGCAAAGCAGCCGCCACCGGCCCCCAAGGGCAAGCGCAAAUCCCCUCCGCCGCCUGUGCUGGACUUGCCUCCGCCUUCCACCCCGCUUGAUGCCGACCGAAACAUAACGGCCCGUGGCAUGCCUGAACCCGACGAACGCCCUCUCCUGUCUCCACCGCCGCCGCAACCAUCCCCACCGCCGUCGCCUCCACCACCGUCACCGCAACCGCCGCCGCUUGUCCUCUCACCUCCUCCAUCUCCACGCCCUCCACCUCCACCGCCACCAUCCCCGCCCCCUCCGUCCCCACCGCCACCACCUCCAUCCCCACCCCCACCAUCUCCACCACCUCCAUCCCCAACGCCUCCACCCCCUCCUCCCUCGUCCCCGCCCGCAUCACCAUCCCUUCCGCCGCCAGCCCCUCCGCCUCCUCCGUCCUCUGCACCACCAUCACCACCUGUACGCAAACGCAAGCCACCGCCACCGCCUCCCACCCUUUUCCCUCCACCGCCGCCACCUCCACCCCCGCCACCGCCACCGCCCUUGUCGCCGCCGCCACCCUUGCUGCCUUCUCCCCCUACACCAACUCACCCCUCGCCACCUCCCAAAAAGCGCAAACCGCCGCCGCCGCCCCCUCGUAAUCCCUCUCCGCCGCCUCCCCCAAGCACGCCACCGGACUCCCCAGACUCGCCCUCGACGCCGACACCGCCGCCUCCGCCGACGCCACCACCACCUCCCAGGCCACCGCCACCGCCCGGGAAUCCGCCUCCCAGCCCCCCACCGCCAACCCCAGGAGGCCAGCCCUCAUCAGCGGUGUCGGUGCAAACGUCACCGCUGCCGCCACCUCCCAAACCGCCGCCCCCAAAGUUUUCUGUGUCCCUGGUCGGCCUCAACGACCCCUCCAAUCCCGACAGCUGGUGGUACGUUGACAUCAACUCCACGCUGGCGCGUCACAACAUGUACCGCGGCUGGCACCAGGCGCCCGCGCUGGCCUGGAGCGCACGGCUGCAGCAGGCGGCGCAGGACUGGGCGGACAACUGCUGGUUUGAGCACAGCAGCGCCCCCUACGGAGAGAACUUGGGCUUGGGACACUCGAGCUUUGUCAACGCUAUCGACUCCUGGUACUCUGAGGUAGCAGUGUAUAAUUUCACAAGCCCCCAGUUCAAUGCGGGUCACUUCACGCAGCUGGUGUGGUACCGCACCUACCUGGUUGGGUGCGCCAUCGGAGUGUGUCCGGACGGGGUGUCGUUCGGCGGCGGCAUCUGGCUGGGCAAGCUGUACGUGUGCAUGUAUUGGACACCAGGUAACUACAUCGGGGACUUUGUGAAUAACGUGUUCCCACGGACCGGCAAGACAGCGAGCGGCGGAAACCGCAGACGCGCACAUGAGAAUGGCGAGCUUUAAGACACCGAAUGUUGUACAAGGAGGAGGAUACUGCAGUACUGAGUUACGGAUGCACCCGAUUCUAGGAUUAUAAGUUCGGUACCUUCCUAUGCUGUGUGAAGAGAGCUGCAGGUUGCUGCUAUUACCCACCCCGUCACGGUAGCUAGAUGACGGCUCGUGGAAGAGAUCAGUCAUACGAGGUUAAUUGUUGUCCAGGCGAAGGAUAGGUAUUUUGCGCAGUCUUGCAGCGGAUGCUUGUUGAUGCAAGCGUUGUGUGCUUAAGUGUGUGCUAUUGAGGAAUAGCUAUGCUGCUAGGCGGUUUCACGUAGGAGGGCUGUGUCGCUAGGCAGGAACACUGUGCAUGCAUUAUCCAUUAGCAGGAUAGCAGGAAAAAAGACGAAGCAGCAGCAGCUUAGACAGGGUAGAGGAGGGUUUUCUUCUUCACGCGCUCGUACGUGUUAUAGGAUAUGCAGGAGUGCUGCUCGGACGAGGCCCAUGCGGCCAACAUGUGGCGUGCAUGCGUUGUGUAUUGUUGUUUACAAAAGGCUUUCACAGUAUGUGCAGCUCCGGAUUGCCUGUUGUUGCAAACGUCCCUGGGUCAAAGGCCGUGACGGUUAGCGGUGCGCUGGGGGGAACAGCACAAUGCGUCAACCCUACCAGUUUGGCACGCUGCUGUUAAGCUGAGAGUUCAAUGUUGAGUUGGCUGCAGCGCUUCCUUUGGGUGGCUCUGGGGCCCAGGCCACGUUGUUGGUGGUUGAGUAACCGUUACAGUGAUCCCAAACCGGAAGGCAACGGCAAGCGUCUUUUGGUGCUCUUGUCCGAGUUUGCGUUUUCACGUUUAGGAGUUUGCAUUCUUAGAUUCAUGCACACGAAGCAGGUGUGAGUUAAGUACUUUGGCACGGCUGUGGCCAUUAGCUUGAUAGGUGAUAGCCUUCCAGGCUCUAAUGGGACGCUUAGAAUCGGGCACCGGACUUACUGUAGUAUGCAGGAGCCACAUGUGUCAGUGCGCCCAAUGGUUGUCGUGGAGAGGGCGGAUGGGGCUGCCUGUUAGAUUGAAGCUUGGCGAGGGAUCCGGGCCUACGAGGGCCAGCGCAGUGUCAUCCUUACUCGAAGCGCCAUUGCGCGGAAGGUGAAGUUGUGGCUUUUCAAAAUGUGCACUGCCUGUAUGUUUGCCGGUGGCGUGCGACGUGCGGUGGUAUGUGUCUGUAUGUCUGCAGUGCGCAAGGGGCGUGCCUCGCUAAAUGUGGCCCAUUCCCUGGGGUAGUUCUGCAAUAGUAGUGACCAUGUUCAGGGGCCCUGUGACACAUCCACGUGCUGAUUGGCACAUCCACGUGUUGGAUGGGAAGCCAUCCAUGCCCUAGCUGGAGAACCGUCAAAUGGACAGGAUACGAUCUUAUACCUGCCACGUAACUCCGCUGAAGGACUUUCGGUACUUGCCAGAAGGCAGAUUCCUGAGGGGAACAGGGUAUGUAUAGCUGCUUUGUGGGUCCUGAAACAUGGACCCAAACUUGUAAUGAAAGUGCUCUUGUG